CGGCGCGGAGCGGGCGGGGGGGGGGGGCGGCGGCUGAGAGGGGCUCUGAGGGGCUCGGCGGCGGCGGCUGUGAGGGGCUCGGCUCGGCGCACCCAGCCAUGGAGCUGAACUCGCUGCUCAUUCUCCUGGAGGCGGCCGAGUACUUGGAGCGGAGGGACCGAGAAGCAGAACACGGCUAUGCCUCCGUGCUGCCCUUCGCCAGUGACUACUCCCGCAAGAAAACAAAGGCGGCCCCCCUGGCCAGGAGAGCCCCCAGCAGCAGGUCAUCACACAACGAACUAGAAAAACAUAGGCGGGCUAAGCUCCGGCUAUAUUUGGAACAGCUAAAACAGCUUGUGCCUCUCGGGCCGGACAGCACCAGGCACACCACCCUCAGCCUGUUGAAAAGAGCUAAGAUGCAUAUCAAGAAAUUGGAAGAACAGGACCGAAAAGCUCUAAAUAUUAAAGAACAAUUACAGCGGGAGCACCGCUACCUCAAGCGCAGGUUGGAACAGCUAUCCGUGCAGGGCAUGGAGCGCAUCCGCACUGACAGCAUGGGAUCAACAAUAUCCACUGACUCUGAACAAGAAGUAGACAUUGAAGGAAUGGAAUUUACACCAGGUGAAAUGGACAGUAUUGGAAGUGCCAGUGAUGCCGAAGACCACUACAGUUUGCAAAGCGGCUCGAGCGACGGAGGUUACACACAUUCCCGCAGACUGAAUGCCAGGCUCUCAUAGUGCCUGAGUGACCAGUUCGACUCAGGACCAUCUGACUGAAGCACUUAUAUAUGAAUAUUCCAGAGGUGUCAACUGCCACUCUUCCGGGAAACCCCAACCACAGUAACUCUGACAUGGAGGUUUCGUACCCACGGUUCCCUGCACUGUAACCACAAUAUUAGAUAUUGUAAAUCAUGGGUUUGCUGCAGAGAACUGUGGUUAGGUACAGUUGUGACUUAAAGCUAGCUUGAUGUAGCCAUACUGCAAAUUAAAGAAAAUAAAUUGUCAUUCCAUUCAAGAAGUAUUAAAUUCAAACUGUUGGAUGCAUGGCGUCAGGAAGUUUGACAGUUAUUUUGAUUUUGCAGAAACCAUUUUCAAACAUCGAAGAAUAAAUGGAAUCUACAAGGCGUUAGUGAUUCAGAGAUACAAAAACUUUAAAACUACUUUUUGUGGUAUUUUUUCAUGGAAAAAACCCCAACAUUUUGAAUGCCGUAUAGCAGGCUCUAUAAUAUAAAUUCUUUCAGCAGUUGUUGUUUGGGUGAAGCAGGCAGAUAAACCUUCAAAUCUCAGAUGAUCUUUAGAAAAGGUCAUAUUUACAAGUCACUACUGUACUUCAAAACGGGGGAAAAGCCAGCUCUAACAAUGACUUCAUGUGGGAUGAUCUCAACUUUCUUCUGCUUUUUUGUAUUCAAUAUCCAACCAGCAGCAAAUCAUUCUAUCCAUGUUAACAGGAGUAGUAGAAACCAACACUGCAAUUUUAACCUGUUAUUGUGGAAUGGAUGACAUUUGAAGCAUUUCAGUGUUUUCGGUGUUUGUUUUUUUUCUCCAUUUCUUUGUCUGAAGAAUACAGAACUCAAGUGAUCCAGAUUGCGAUAAUCUUUCCUCGCAAGGAAAAUCUCUGUUUGCUUGUUCUUUGUGUUUUUUUUUUUUCUAUUUACACAUGUCAAUACAUUUUUAUGGAAGGCAUGGCUUAAAAUUACAGUAUUCAGCUAGAAGAUAAUUAAUCUUUUUUUCUUUUGCACACUAUAAUUGCAUUUUUCUAUUCUUUAAAAGUGCAAAAAAAAUAAAAUGUAUGCUGUAAAACAGCAAAGUUUAUUUAGUACUCAUCAAGCUGUUCAGAACAUAUUUACCCAAAUUGUAGCAAUACUAUGAAGAUGUAUUUUAAUACAACUUCUGCUUAGUGAAGUCAUUAGAGCUUGGCUUGCCGGGUAAGAAAAAAACGGACCAGUCUUUGCAUUACCUGUUUAAAGAAGGUCUUUUAAAAAAAAAAAAAAAGGAAAAAAAAAGAAAAAAAGAAAAAAAAGCUAUAAACACUUUUAGGGAAGUGAUUUUAGCAAGUGUAGUCUAUAUUUCCUGUAAGAGAUUUUGUAUUAUAUUUUCCUAAAUGUUCUCAUUUACUUGUAUAGGGAGGGGAAUGGUACAGACCCAGACCAGAGUCUCAGGGACUCUUCACCUUUGUCAUAUUGUGCCUUGGUGACCAUUUAUGUAUGCCUCUCCUUUUCAUUGUUUAAAGGACAACUAAGCUUUGUUUCCAGACCCUCUGUUUGAAUGGUCAGUUGUCCACCUUCUUGCCGAUGAAGUAGAGAGGUGUAUUUAUAUCUUCACCCUCUCACAACUGAUUCAGUGUGGCUUUAAGUAAAAUCAUAAAAUUAGGUUUUGGUGCGAGGGUUAAUUGUCUUUGUACGAGCCCUCCCUGUGAUUCUUCAGCACCCGAAUCUAUAUUUUGUUAGCUUAUAAAUAAAGUCAGGGUCUCCGUGAGACCAGUGCUCAGUGGCUAGGGAAACACAAAUGUACUGUGUCAGGCUAUGGGAUGUCCAAGUGUGGUGCCAUUUUUAGCAUUCAGCUACAAGACCUCAUGACGUACUGACCAUAAUGAUCAAAAACAAAGAUUCAGUUGUUCUUUCAACAUCUGACAUACGUGUCCUCCCUUUGGCUCUUACAACACGGAGUAGAAAUAUGAAUACAUUUUGUGGCAGCUUACAGAUCCUUGUUUGCACUCUCGCUUACUGCUUGGAACUUGCCAACAAGGAAAACAUAUACAUUUAAUUUACAUAACCUAAUGGAUGGCCACCCCUACUUUGGCUCUGGGGAGGGGCCUAAGGUUAUAAACUCUGGCAGCUGAAUAAGAAAACAAUUAACCUUUUCUGUGAUGCAGGUUUUGGUAUUAUGUUAUCUACACCUUGCAUAUUACUAAAAUCCUCGUUGUUGGGGAAAGCACACAGCAAUAUACUCAUUGUGUGUAGCUGACAAGCAGCAGAAAUUACUAGCUCCUUUGGUGCAUAUGUAACUAAUUUCCAAAUCAUGGAAACAAAAAAAAAUAAGAGUUUACUUUAACACACGACUGUUAACAGGAAAAAAAAAAAAAGGCUAGUAUAUUGUUGCUGUUCAUUUAUUAUAUAAUGAACACACUCAUGAAUUGUAAAGUGUUUCCUUUCAUGACAAGCAGCUCUUGCACAGAACCUCCUUAUGAAAAGAGAUUUGAAACUUACAGAAGGAAAGACAAGAUUUUAAAUUGAACAUUAUUGUACCUUAGGUCGACCUGAAAUUUUCCUUUUAAAGAUGAAUGUGCUAACUUAAUGAGUUCUUCCACGCUGGGUAUCCAUGGCUUUGUAGAUCUUAUAUUUUCAAUAAAAAUUACUCGAAUAAU